CGAGACACCUCGCUCUCUCUCUCUUUGACUUUUAUCACCUCACUCUCCUCUCCUCUCUCCUAGACAGCACCUGGUCCCCCCUGCAUAAGCCUUUGACGACACAGACACGCUCCUCAUAAGCCCCGCCCUUCCCCUCACCCCCCCUCACCCCACGGCUACGUAAUUGCACAGAGCACGCACACUCCUCUUCUCGCACGUCAGCACCGACCUGCACACACCCCUUUGCAACUCUCGACUCUUCCAUCACCACAACUUCUACUUCUACUACAACCUCUACACCCCCACACACAAUGGACGACGACAUGUACGACGACUCGUCCUCUGGCUACUCUGCCUACUCGUCCUACUAUGCAGCUUACCCUCCCCGCUCCCCCCCACCAACGCCACCCAGGCCCGAGCCAGUCGUAAACUACAAUGUGAGGUACAUUGAGAGCGACGGACUGCGCAUGCGCAAGUGCAUCGACCUCGUCUUUGUCCUCGACUGCACAGGCUCCAUGCAGCGCUACAUCAACUCCGUCCGUGACCACAUUUUUGCCAUUUGCGAUUUAAUCCGCGGCGAAGAGGGCCUCAACGGCGCCGACGACCUGCGCGUUGCUAUUGUCAACUACCGCGACCACAAGCCACAGGACAACACCUACGUCUACAAGUUCCACCCGUUCACCUCGAACAUUGUCGAUGUCCAGGGCUACCUCCGCGGACUGACUGCUGCUGGUGGUGGCGACGGCCCAGAAGCGGUCACCGCGGCCAUGGCCGCGUGCCUUACCGAGCUCGAAUGGCGUCGCGAAGCCGCGCGCAUGGUCGUCCUCAUCGCCGACGCGCCCCCCCAUGGCAUUGGCGAGAGCGGAGAUCAGAUCAAGCAGGGUGACCCCGAUGGACACGACCCUCUCGUUAUCGCUCGGACAAUGGCCCAGCAUGGUAUCACUUUCUUCAUGGUGGCUUGCGAAGACACAUUGUCCAACUACUCGCGCGCUGUCGACUUCUUCACGGCCAUCUGCAACAUGACGUCGGGUGUCAUGAUGCCCUUGACGACGGCUGACCUGCUGGCCAUGACGAUUGUGGGCAGUGUGCUGGAGAACAUGGACAUGGAGCGUCUCAUUUCUGAAAUCGGUCGCGAGGUCGCCGAGCGCAUCAAGGAGAAGGGUGAGAACCUGCAAAGCGUCGAGGAGGUUGCCCAGGAGCUCCACGAGCGUCUCCUUCUCCGCAACGAGCAGACCAAGCAGGUCCAACUGCAGGACGUCUACAUCCAGUCGGACAGCUCGAGAAAGAACGUCUCCAUGUGGAUGAAUGCGCAGUACAUUCACGAGGUUGCGCCACUUAUCCUUCCGGUCUCUGGACGGCGCCUGACAGACAAGUUCCGCAAGAACAACUACAACUCUGGGUUCAAGUACACCCCUGGAGGUCGUCUCCCUCCGCGCCGUACGUCGGCCACGGCCGGUGUUGCCCCACCAACCCCGGGCACCCCGCCAACCGAUUUGGCUGUUGGCUCGCCUCCCCGGCUCGGCACCUCGCCGUCCUCGCCCCCGCGAAAGAUUGUCUCCGACUUCAAGGUAUUCGGAGCUGCGCCUGCGGCAGGAUCAGCUCCCAGUCUCUCGGUGUUUGGCGCUCCUAUGCUAGCCACUGGGCCCGGUGGUGGCAUGUUUGGCGCAACGGCCCGCACGCCUGCGUCCAAUACUGCCAUGCGUGGCUUCAGAGGCGGCGAGGACGACGACGACGAUGACGACGAGGACAGCGGUACCCAGUUCCGCCAAGCUGCCAUCUCGCUCGACCAGGCGCGUCGUAUCGCCACUCAGUCCGUGUUCCGCGCUGGUCGCCUCCCGAUCUAACCGGGGUCUUCUCCACCUUUUCACUCUUUUCUGCAUACAUUCAACUAGCAACAACAUCAACGCCGCCGCCCGCCUCAUGUCAGACGAAAAAAGGAUACCCAGAGAGGAGAUAGACGAUAUAGUGUCUUGUAUGUCAGCGAGGGGGUUUGUGUCCAUUCAUGCAUAACAUGUGAAGCAA